AUGACUCGCGCAAAGUUUGGCCGCCGCACUCUGGACGCCAUUGGUCCUGUUCUGGACCAAUGGUUGGUACGACCGCACGGGUUCCUCACGUUCCGUCUGGCGCAGGAGCUGACCGGGCAUGGCUGCUUCGGUUCGUACCUGCAUAGAAUCGGGCGAGUGGAAUCCCCGCUGUGCCACAAAUGCGGCGCGGCGGAUGACACGGUGCAGCACCCUCGCGGUCUGCACAGGCUGGGAGGAGCAGCAGUCCUCACUGCAGUCGUGGGCCGGGAUCUUUCGCUUCCGAGCCUGGUCAACGCCAUGCUGGGAAGUGAAGGAUGCUGGAAGGCGGUCGCCUCCUUUUGCGAAGAGGUCAUCCUUCAGAAGGAGGCAGCAGAGCGCGAGCGGGAGAACGAUCCUUUCGCCUCAUCGCUCCGUAGGCGGAGAAAAGGGUGGAGAAGGCGGUUGUACGACCGUUCUACUCUGCCCCCAGGUGGCGGCCAGUAG